AUGAUGGAAGGAGUUUCCAGCGAAGCCCAUAUGUCAAUUGCCGCUUCUUCCAUGUUUCCUGGGUUUAGGUUCUGUCCCACCGACGAGGAGUUGAUUUCUUAUUACCUCAGAAAGAAGUUGGAUGGUCAUGAAGAGAGUGUUCAAGUCAUUUCCGAGGUUGAGCUUUGUAAACAUGAGCCUUGGGAUUUACCAGCCAAAUCGUUCAUUCAAUCAGAUAAUGAGUGGUUCUUCUUCUCUCCCCGGGGAAGAAAGUAUCCAAAUGGUUCACAAAGUAAAAGAGCAACUGAAUGUGGCUAUUGGAAGGCCACUGGUAAAGAACGCAAUGUAAAGUCAGGUUCUAACGUUAUUGGUACAAAGCGUACUUUGGUAUUCCACUUAGGGCGUGCACCUAAAGGGGAGAGGACUGAAUGGAUUUUGCAUGAGUACUGCAUCAAUGACAAGUCUCAGGAUUCUUUGGUUGUUUGUCGCCUAAAGAGGAACACAGAGUUCCGUUUGAGCGAUCCACAGAAUAGAGCUUCUUCAAGUCAAGUGCACCCUGUGAAUUCACGGGAAAGUGAUUGUGCUAUCUCAGAAGGUGGUAUUGAUCAAAGGGGUGCGUGUGAGCAAGAAAAAGAGGUUGGAUGUAGCUCCAAGAGAAGCAGUAGCAGCUAUGGUUCUCCUUCAAUGGAACAAAUUGAUUCUAUGUCUGAAUCAAAUCAACGACCAACUAAUGAAGCUAAUUUGACAGAAUCUUCGGGUCAGGAAAAGGUGGAUGAAGAGGAUUGCUAUGCUGAGAUACUAAAGGAUGAUAUCAUUAAAUUAGAUGAAUCAUCAAUCUCACAAGAGGCUAACACAAGACCACAGGACCCUACACAGAUGCAUGGUUACCAAGGCACAGCACAACGAAGAAUAAGAUUAAGGGUUGGGAAUUCAAGACCUUCUACUGCAGGAGUUAGUUUCAAAAGCACAAUGCACUCAUCAAAGAAUGCCUUCAUUGCCAGAAUGACCAACCGUUUGGUGAUAUUUGCUUUCAUGGUUUCCACUUUGAUAGCUAUAUAUUUUUUGUCAUCAUUGGGUGGUCUCAAACAAGUUAAAUGUUGUGGGAAAUUUUCGCGUGUAAAUCAUGAUUACAUUCAGAAGAAAGAGAGGAGCUCGCACUUGUGUUCAGCUUGUAAUUUAGGAAUCAUGUCGAGGCCCAUGUUGCUUGUUUUCUUGCUGCUUAUACUUAUAAUCACCUCACAGUUCGAGUGGAAGCAACAGCUUGUGGCUGAUGUUGACUCAAAUCCGAACUUAUCUCAAAAGCAGCAUCAGAUUUCAAGGCCUGAAGAAACCGUAAAGGAGAAGAUUAUUUUAGUGCAAGAGAAGAAUAUUCGAAGACUGAAUGAGCUUGUGCGGCAUCUCCAAGAACAACUGCAGCAGUGUAGAAACAGAACUAUAAAUGGCACUGUAAGUCCUCUAGCUGAUCGGAUUCUUGAGCUUGAGCGACAGCAAAUUUUAGAGGAUUAAGCCAAUACAGAAAGUAUGUUCAUGAAGUUCAUCUUUAUACUCAAGUUGUAAAGUAGAUUCGUAAUUUGUUGAAAGGGAGGGUUGUAAAAGAUUUGCUUCCUGUUUGAACUACGAUUUUGAACUCUAUCUCAAUGGGAGUCCUACUCCUACAUCAUUCAAUGAAAAGUGCAGUGUUUGAAUCCUCUAUUAACCCAUGAAUAACAAAAUAUGGCUGGGCCAUUGUACCUCAGUUAUCUUCUACUAGCCAGAUGACAUAAAGAUACUAUUGUCUGCCAUUACCCAGUAGCUGAAACAGGAGUAAGUAUGAAUGUAUAAUGUGAUAGUAGCUAUUGGAGGGCAUUAUUUUGCUCAGAUUAGGCUUAACCAUACACAUUGAGAUCACAAGAACCACCGAAAGAGAAUAGGUUGAAGAGGCAAUGUGGCAAUGCUGAUACUAUGGCAGUGAGUGAAGCAGAAUGUUGACACCAGGUCUUGAAUUACAGUGUGCUAGAAGGUUGCUGUGCUCUUAAUUUCUUACAAUGAAGGUGAAUAUGGACCUAUGUUGCCAUCUCUUGCGUGGCUGUUUCUGUCGGUAAAACACUAUUAGUCUAUUAGACGUACGUUCCAACAAGAAAUCCUUAUGUACUCUUAUCAACUCACUAAAAAAUGGCACGGUAUAUUACUCUACGAAUGCAUAAGUAAUUUUUUGUUUUUAGCAGUGUGUAUCUCGGGAACUUUGUUAAAUUGAUCAUGGAAACGAGACAUUAAUGUUUCAG